AUGAAAGCUUUUCGCCGUUUCCAGACCAAAUUUUACCAGGCCAAAAAGACUUCCAUCAUGACUACCUCUAUUGUUGUGGAAGGGACACACAAAGCAGCUUAUAAUAUUCGUCCUCUUCAUGAGACGCGGGCUACUUUAGGCGGACUGAGCAAAGAUCCUGCCCUCCUGCAUCGAUCACUGGCAGAGCUACCACACACAGUAACCCAUGCACAAGGAAGCUACUUAUUUCUCGCCAAUGGCCAAAAGAUUUUCGACGCAUGUGGAGGAGCAGCAGUCGCUAUUUUGGGCCAUGGAAAUCCCGAAGUGAUCGCAGCAAUAAUGGCCCAGAUGCAGAAAGUGAGCUACAUUCAUACUGGUUCGUACACAACGGGACCGGCUGAGGAGCUUGCGCAAUUCCUUGUUGACAUGGGAGAUGGCGCUCACAAACUAAAAAAGGCGUAUCUAGUUGGCAGUGGAAGCGAAGCAAAUGAAGCCGCACUCAAGAUCGCCAGGCAAUACUUUGUGGAAAAAGGAGAGUCUCAAAGAUGCCACUUUGUGGCGAGGAAACAAGCCUACCAUGGUAAUACAAUGGGAGCAAUGACGGUGUCGUCUAAUCUGCCUCGAAAAACGCCUUAUAUGGAUAUUCUGCCGACCAAUGUAUCGUUUGUGAGCCCGGCAUACGCCUAUCAGUAUCGAAAGGACGAUGAGAAUGAGGAACGAUACGUGGAAAGAUUAAUUUCGGAACUUCGACAAGAGUUUCUCCGCAUUGGUCCUGAAAAGAUUAUAUCGUUCAUAGCGGAACCAGUUGUUGGCGCAACAUCCGGCUGCGUGUCAGCUCCAAGAGGAUAUUUCCGCGGCGUCAGGGACUUGUGCGACGAAUAUGGAAUUUUACUCCAUCUCGACGAGGUAAUGUGUGGUAUCGGACGCACCGGAACAUAUUUUGCAUUUGAACAGGAGGGGAUUCAGCCAGAUAUAGUGACCAUCGGAAAGGGCCUUGGAGGCGGCUACAUUCCUAUAUCAGCGAUGCUACUCGGAGACAAGGUCGUCAAUGUGCUGAGACAAGGCACAUCGGCAUUCAACCAUGGUCAGACAUUUCAAGCCCAUCCAGUAGCCUGUGCAGCUGCAUUGGCGGUACAAAAGAUCGUAAAGCGUGAUCACCUAGUUGAGCGCUGUGCCGAAACUGGUAAAAAGUUUGGAAAAAUGCUCCAAGAGACGUUUUCCGAUUGCAGGUAUGUUGGUGAUAUACGUGGGAGAGGACUUUUCUGGGCCCUAGAAUUCGUGGAAGAUCGGAGCAACAGAGUUCCUUUUUGUAAGGACAUUGCAUUUGCUGCAAGGCUUCAGAAGGAGGCCUUUGAACUUGGUGUAGCCAUUUACCCAGGUGCCGGGACAAUUGAUGGAGUGAAUGGUGAUCAUGUGUUGAUAGCGCCUCCUCUCACAGUUACGAGCGAAGAGCUAUGCGUGAUAAUAUCGACCUUGAAAAGAGCAUAUGAAGCUACCGUCAAAUCCCUGGAUAUGUGA